UUGUGUCUCUCUUUCCCAUCUGAUUAGCUCCCUUCAGUCAUGGCUUCCAAUACAAACCGGAAGAUCUACUUCGUCUUCUUUGUUUGUGCGAUCGCGUUGAGGUCCGCCUUGGCGCAAUUGUCUAACCAAGACUACUACACGCAAAGGUGCCCGAGAGCACUGGAGACCAUCCAAUCUGCUGUGAGAUCGGCGGUGGCCAACGAGACUCGCAUGGGAGCAUCCUUGCUCCGACUUCACUUUCACGAUUGCUUUGUCAAUGGAUGUGAUGCAUCCAUUCUACUAGAUGACACCGUGAACUUCACUGGGGAGAAGACAGCGUUUCCCAACGUGAACUCCGUGAGGGGAUUCGAUGUGAUUGACACCAUCAAGUUAAAAGUGGAGAAACUGUGUCCUGGCGUUGUCUCGUGCGCUAACAUCUUAGCCGUUGCUGCUAGGGACUCCGUCGUCAUUUUGGAUGGACCGAGUUGGCAAGUCCAACUGGGAAGAAGAGACUCAACCACAGCGAGCCUAAAUGAUGCUAAUAUCGACCUCCCAGCUCCAACUCUUAAUCUCAGCGGUCUUGUCGCCUCUUUCUCUAACAAAGGCUUUACUGCCAAAGAAAUGGUAACGCUAUCAGGAUCCCACACCAUAGGCCAGGCUAGGUGCGUGACGUUUCGGACCCGACUCUACAACGAGAGCAAUAUAAGCCCAUCAUUCGCCAUGUCUUUAAAGUCCAAUUGCCCCAGCUCUGGAGGCAACAACAACCUAUCCCCUCUCGACAUCACAAGCCCGACGUUCUUUGACAAUGCCUACUUCGGCAACUUGGUGAGCCAAGAGGGCCUGCUUCAUUCGGAUCAACAGUUGUUUAGUGGAGGUUCGACGAAUGCUCAAGUGGCUGCCUACAGCAAAAAUUUGGGUUCAUUCAGGAAUGAUUUUGCCGAUGCCAUGGUCAAGAUGGGAGGCCUUAGUCCUCUUACCGGGUCUAGCGGUCAGAUCAGGACCAAUUGCAGAAAAGUCAAUUGAUUUUAAUUCUGGCGAUUUUUGUUCUUUUCAUGAUGUUUUUCCCUACAUUACUUCUUAUUCUCACAACAUCUGAUUGAGAAUUAAGUGUCUCGUAAUUCCUCUUCGUACAUUUGGGUGUCUGUUUCUGGUCAAUUUCACGAGGCGCGAUGAUAAUUUGAUGAUGUCGUAAUAUUUUGUAACAUCUG